CUGUUUGGGAGGGAGGUUGUUUGGCAGGCAUAUAUUAUGCCAUUCAUCAUUCAUGUCCCCAAACAUUUGCUUUAAUUUCUGUGCCUGUGCCUGUGUCUUAACAGACUACACAUUUAUACUUGCUGCAGGUAUGAGGUAGCUCAAAUCACAUUAAUACUUCAUACUCUUAUAUAUAUAGAGAGAGAGAUUAGAGCAAACCCCAAAAUUCUUGAAGCAGUGUCUGAAUUGCUUGCGAGGUUGGAUUGAAUUGAUUUCUUCACUGGAAUCUUUGAUCUGAUAUUUAAUAGAACAAGAUAGAUACAUACUUUGAUGCCCUGGAAAUGGAUCAGAAGCUGCAGCAGAUAAACCGUCUGAACGAUUCCCACAUCGAUUACAUGAAAAUGGCCAUGUUAAAGCACGAGGAGACAUUUCGAGAGCAGGUUUACGAGCUCCACCGCCUCUACCAAAUCCAGAAGUCGCUUAUGAAGGACGUGGUGGCCAGAAACAGGGCGGCGGCGGCGGGGCCACGGCGGCGCGUGGACCUGGAACAGCCGGCUGACGGCGGCAAUCGGAUUGAGUUAGCAGCAGGCAAAUGUAGGGUUUCUGAAAUUGAAGAAGAUGAUGAUGAGAGUGAUCUGGAGCUGACAUUAGGGCACAGAAGUUAUUACCAGAAAAAAGUCAAAGCUUCUGACCCAAACCCAACAUCAUCAGAUGAUCAUCGAUCUCUGCGUGGACCAAGUUUCUCGUCUUCCUCGACUGGAUAUAGCCAUGUGACAGCAGCUGCAGCAGAUCAAGAACUGCUGUCAUGGAGGAUAUCCAAUUCCAAUCUCAAUAGUCUUCCCUGGCAUUUCCAGGCCCUAACCCUCAACAUUACAUGAAUUAAUUAAAUAAUAUAUAUAUAUAUAUACUCUGUGAAUUAGUGUGGUCGAUUCUAUAUAUGGGAGUUUGAGUUUAGAAUUUUUUUUUUUUUUUUCUUCUUUUUAAUCAAGAAUUUUGCUGUUUAUACCAAUCCAGCAAUUGAUAAAAACCUGUCUGAAUUCCAGCAACUCUUUUGAAUCUCA